GGAGAUCACUUCCUUGGAAUGACGGAUUUCCAUAAAAUGGCAGACGUGGGGUUUACGUCGAAUUCGACAUUUCUUGAAGUUGAAAGUUUAACGGAUAAUGAUGAAAUGAUUAUCACUUUAAAAAAAAUAAUUAACGACGAGGUCUAUAUUGAUGAUGAAUUAAAGGAACUUUUGGAGCAUCAAGGUUUAUUAGAGCAUAAGAUGUCAUCCUUGCAUAAAAUGAUACCAAGUCUUCAGAUGCUUGAAGCUGAUUCAAAACAGCUUUGUGGUAUGAUAUCUUUCACAUCUACUCUAGCUGAAAAUGUUAGCAGCAAAGUUAGAAAACUUGAUCUAGCAAAGAGUCGUGUUGUGGAUUGUAUGCAACGUGUAGAGGAUAUAUUAGAUCUCAAAUUUUGUACUGAUGGAGUCCAAACAGCUUUACAGAAUGAAGAUUAUGAAAAAGCUGCUGGUCACAUUCAUAGAUUUAGAAGUUUAGAUGAAACUGUUAUUAGGAUGAGCACAGAAACUACUGAAGGUGGAACUCUUGAUUCAUCAUUUAAAAUGAUUUAUGAAGCAGAGGAAAGGUUAAAAUCUAUUGUCCAAAAUAAAUUUGAUACUGCAGUCCACCAGGGAGAUGUUGCAUCUGUUGAAAGAUUCUUUAAGAUAUAUCCUCUUUUAGGAAUGUUAUCAGAAGGUCUUUCAAAGUUUGGGAAGUAUUUAGCAGCACAGGUUUCAGAUAAAGCAGAUGGUAAUCUUAAAAUUGCAUUACACCCAGAUUCUACUGAUAAAAGAGCGCAUGUUAUUUUUGCUGACACUUUAACAAUGUUGUUUGAAAGCAUAGCAAGAGCAGUAGAAAUACAUCAGCCUUUAGUAGAAACAUAUUAUGGACCUGGUAAACUUUUCCUGUUACUGACAACCUUACAAAAAGAAUGUGAUAGACAGUCGAGAAAGAUUUUUGAACAUUUUAAAACACAAAGAGAUUAUCAAGCAAAGAUAAGAAAAGUUCAACAAUGCUUAUGUGCUGUGAAAACAUUUACAGAAAAGUUGGAUCCUAAAGAAUUAGAUAUUCUUUUAUCUGAAAUGGUCCUGCUCAGCUCAAGAUCAGAACUUUACCUUAGAUUUAUGCGUCGUAGGACAGUGGGUGACAUUGAAGCUACACAUUCAGAAGCAAUCACUCAGAAAG